AUGCGUAUAAGUGGGCUGGUCUGGGAGUUCUUCACGGAUCUGCGAGGUCAUGGGCUGGCUGGUGUGCGUUGUAGGUUCUGUCAUUGGGUGACCAAUGAUCGCAGCCCUACCACUAUGAAAUUUCAUUUGAAGAGAAAACAUGAUACAGGGCCUGGCGGCUUAUGGGCUAUUUGCGAAGAGAAAAUUAAUUCGCAGGCACCUGCAAAUUAUGCACCUCGACCAAGAAAGUCAGAUGAUGCUUUCAUCAAGGCAUUAACGACUCAGCGGCAUCAAAUACACAAUUUUAAUCCAUUUACAUCAGCAGAAACUAAAAUUGGAAAUGCCGUUGUCGAUAACAUCGACGAAGAAUACGAUCGGCUCACUCAACAUCUUCAUGUUAACGGUAUGAAAGCUGAGAGUUCGAAAGUAACCAAGAGAUGUCUGUCUCCAGAAACAUUCGAGCUAAUACGCCAGCGUGGAAUCGCACGAGCUGCUGGCAACCGCGAACUAACGUUCGAACUUGAGGAACAAGACAGACGACAGGCAAUAAAAGAGGAUCUUAAAGAGACAAAAGUAGCAGCAAUGGUCGAAGCUGCAGAGGCUGCGAAAAGCAUUCGCUAA